AUGUCUGAUCUAGCUAACAAAAUGGAAAAUUUGUCAGUUGGCGAUUCCGACGGUAACAAGAGCUCUUACGUACCGCCACACAUGCGCGGGAAAAGAGGCGGCGGUCGUGGAGGAGCCAGUUUCGCCAACAACGACAGAGAAGGUGGAUCCAGCUCGUAUUUCAGCGGCGGCAGAGGCCAGGGCAACGGUAGAAACGGCGGUGGCUCGUUUUUCGGGGGCAGAAACGGCGGUAGCGGCGGUUUUGGCGGCGGCAGAGGCAACAUCCGCGGCGUGGGUCGCUGGACCGCUGGAAAACACGUUCCAUCCGCUGUUGACGAGGGCUUGGAAUUGCAGCUUUUCGGAACCGCAGACGACUCCAACUUCCAGUCUUCAGGUAUUAACUUUGACCACUACGACGAUAUCCCCGUCGAAGCUUCCGGUAACGACGUUCCUGAACCAAUCUCGGAAUUCACCUCUCCUCCUCUAGACCCAUUGUUGUUGGAAAACAUCAUCAAGGCCCGUUUCACAAAGCCAACUCCUGUGCAGAAAUAUUCGGUUCCUAUCAUUGCUGCUAAGCGUGAUCUGAUGGCUUGUGCCCAAACCGGUUCCGGUAAAACCGGUGGAUUUUUGUUCCCCGUGCUUUCCGAAUCUUUUGCCAACGGACCAGCUGCCGUUCCUGAACAGAUGGCCAACUCUUACAUCAAGAAGGCUUUCCCAACUGCUGUUGUUUUGGCACCAACCAGAGAAUUGGCCACUCAAAUUUACGACGAGGCCAAGAAAUUCACCUACCGUUCGUGGGUUAGACCAUGUGUCGUGUACGGUGGUGCCGACAUUGGUAGUCAAAUCAAAGAACUAAACCGUGGCUGCGAUUUGCUUGUUGCCACUCCAGGUCGUUUGUCCGACUUGCUAGAGCGUGGUAGAAUCUCUCUUUGCAACAUCAAAUAUUUGGUUCUUGACGAAGCCGACAGAAUGUUGGAUAUGGGUUUCGAACCUCAAAUCAGACACAUCGUUGAUGGCUGUGACAUGCCUUCUGCCGAAAACAGACAAACACUCAUGUUCUCCGCCACAUUCCCUAUGGACAUUCAACAUUUGGCCCGUGAUUUCUUGAAGGAUUACGUGUUCUUGUCUGUUGGUAGAGUUGGUUCUACCUCUGAAAACAUUACUCAACAUGUUCUUUACGUCGAGGACAUGGACAAGAAAUCCGCGUUGUUGGAUCUUCUAGCCGCUUCUGAUGAUGGUUUGACUCUAAUCUUUGUUGAAACCAAGAGAAUGGCAGAUGCUCUGACCGAUUUCUUGAUCAUGCAAGACUUGAGAGCUACUGCUAUUCACGGUGACCGUUCUCAAGUAGAACGUGAACGUGCUUUGGCCGCAUUCAGAUCCGGAAGAGCCAGUCUAUUGGUUGCUACUGCCGUUGCUGCCAGAGGUUUGGAUAUUCCAAACGUUACCCACGUUAUCAACUACGAUUUACCAAACGAUAUUGAUGACUAUGUCCACAGAAUUGGUAGAACUGGUCGUGCUGGUAACACUGGUGUUGCCACUGCUUUCUUCAACAGAGGUAACAAGAAUGUCGUCAAAGAAAUGAUCGAAUUGCUCACUGAAGCCAAGCAAGAAGUCCCAAGCUUCUUGGAACAGCUUUCUAGAGAAAGCUACGGUUCUAGAGGCGGCAAAAGCGGUGGCUUUUCUAGCAACCGCAGCAGUAGUACUAGAGAUUACCGUCGUAUGGGCGGCGGAGCUCCUGGUGGCUCUCCUUCGUACGGAGGAGGAAGAGGCGGCAGUGCUGCUGGUGGCGCUAGAGGCGGCUCGUCAUGGGGUUCAUCCUGGGGUGGUUCCGGCAACGGCAACUCCUGGGGUAACAACAGCAGCAGCAACUCUUCCGCUAGUAACUCCUGGUGGUAA